AUGGCGUCUCGGUCCCGCAUCACACGCGCCUUGACCAGAGCGGAGAAGGCCGGCAUAUCGGCCGUCCUGUCACGGCCGGGCCCUUCGACUUUCUCUGUCGCUGCUGCGCGCACCAUCACCACCACGGCUGCGAGGCACUUCGGGUCGUCCGCUAUCCGACACGGGAAAUUCACCACCGACUCGUAUCCUGAAAUCAAGCGGGACUCGAGGUUCUCACAACUCACCCCCGACCAUGUCACUCACUUCAAGGAGCUGCUGGGUGGUGAGGCCGCCGUCAUCGACGGCGUCACCGAUGAGGCAGCGGCUGAGGACCUGGAAUCCUUCAACUUGGAUUGGAUGCGCAAGUACCGAGGCCACUGUAGGCUAGUCCUGAAGCCUGCAUCGACCGAGGAGGUCAGCAAGGUCCUCAAGUAUUGUAACGACAACAUGCUGGCUGUCGUCCCUCAAGGUGGCAACACUGGCUUAGUUGGAGGUUCUGUUCCUGUCUUUGACGAGAUUGUCAUCAACAUGAGCCGGAUGAACCAAGUGCGCUCAUUCGACGAGGUCAGCGGUGUCCUGACGGCUGACGCCGGUGCCGUGCUCGAGGUUGUCGAUAACUACCUGGCGGAGAAGGGCUACAUUUUCCCUCUUGACCUGGCCGCAAAGGGGUCCUGCCAUAUUGGAGGCAAUGUUGCCACCAACGCCGGAGGUCUGCGGCUCCUUCGCUACGGCAGCUUGCACGGGAAUGUUCUAGGAGUCGAGGCCGUGCUCCCCAACGGCACUAUCGUGGAUGACCUUUUCAAGCUGAGGAAGAACAACACCGGAUACGACAUCAAGCAGCUAUUCAUCGGUGCGGAGGGUACAAUCGGCAUCAUCACCGGAAUCUCAAUUCACUGCCCACAACGGUCAAAGGCAGUCAACGUGGCCUUCUUUGGGCUAGACUCUUACGAAAAGGUUCAGCAAGCAUUCCGGGAAGCCAAAGGGCAGCUCUCCGAGAUUCUGUCAGCCUUUGAGCUCAUGGAUUCUCAGAGCCAGCAGCUUGUUAAAAAGGUCACCAAGAACAACUUCCCUCUGGAGAGUGAAUACCCAUUCUAUUGCCUCGUCGAGACCAGCGGCUCAAACGCGGAGCACGACAAUGAGAAGCUGGAAGCUUUCCUUGAGGACGUCAUGGGCAAGGAGAUCGUUUCAGACGGCGUGGUGGCGCAGGACGAGACCCAGCUCAAGUCACUCUGGGGCUGGCGAGAGCACAUAUCCGAGAGCUCAGGCGCCUUCGGUGGCGUUUACAAGUACGACGUCUCAAUACCCUUGAAGUCGUUAUACCAGCUGGUAGAGGAUACCAAGGAGAAAAUCCACGCCGCCGGCCUGAUCGGUGAUACCGAUGAGUACCCUGUCGUUGACGUCGUUGGUUACGGGCACAUGGGUGAUUCAAACCUACACCUCAACGUGUGUGUUCGGCGAUACGACAAGGAGGUCGAGAAGAUUUUGGAACCUUACGUUUUCGAAUGGAUCAAGAAACACGAGGGCAGCAUCAGUGCCGAGCAUGGUCUUGGUUUGGCGAAGAAGAAGUUCAUUGGCUACAGCCGCAGCGACAACAUGAUAGGCCUGAUGAAACAGAUCAAGGAUCUAUACGACCCGAACGGCAUCAUGAACCCGUACAAGACAAGCACAUUCUGUGCCGAACAAGACUGGCUCACACUUCCCUUCGAACUACACCCCAAGACCUCGUUCGACAGCCUCCUCGACACCUUGGCGCGAACGACAUGUCUCCUGCAGCAGCUCGACCAUAUAACAACUCUGGAGCCAACCCUGGCGCGCAGGUCGAUGGCCCAGGAUCUCCUCGGGAACUGCCUCGGCGCACGAAGCCAGCUCGAGCAGUGGUACAUGUCAGCCUUUGACCCUCGCCGUCGACGAUACUGGAUCUUGCAUGACCAGGGCGAACAGAUCCCCUUCCCUGAGCCCUUCGCCUUCCAGGACUCGCUGGCCUCGCUCUCGUUCACGUACUACUGGGCCGCGCAGGUUCUCCUCGCCCCCUGCCUGGAGACGGCCGUCCACAGCGUCUUCUCGCCCGCUGUCGACGCCUACCCCCACCAGGCCUUCCCCGACCUUCCGCCGCAGCUCGCCAUCGAUCCGGACACCUACGGCCACUUCAAGGUCACGGAGAUGGCGGUGAACGUCUGCCGGGGCCUGGACCACGCCCUGGCGGUCACUACGCAACCGGACGCCUUGGUAUUUCCUGUCAAGGUGGUCGAGACGUUCUACGCGGGUCUCGCCAACCAGACGGGGGACGGGACAUUGGAGCUUAUGUGGCUUGGGGCGUUCAGGGAACGGAUGGCGUCGAGGGCGCGGGACAUUGCUGGUGCCAUGAUGGAGAAGGACUGGGUGGACCUGGCUGAGUGGUGA